AUGGUUGUACAAUCGCAGCCAUGCCAGGCGCAGGCGCAAUGCACACCACCAAGUUAUAAGAAGGUCGUCGACAUCGUUCAAGAGCAGUUCACGACUCCUCCGUAUGUUACCAUCACGCAUGCUGUGUCACAAGUCGUCCAGAUGGACGAGGUUCUGGCGUCACAUUCGCCAGAUCGUUCGUGGAAUGGAAACUACGUGCACGGCCAGACUGUGUUCGCCCAUGCUGCGGUCGUUCCGUCUUACCAUGCUUCCCCACGGCCGUUGACCGCACCUGUACCUCGACCCACGAAUAUUAUUGCGGCUCCAAGGAGCAUCAACAUUGUUCUGUUGGAGAGAUAUAUCCCUCCAACGAGUAUCCAAGACGUCAAGAAUUUCUUUACAUUCUGUCGACGGUCCUAUAUUGUGGACCGCCUCUUUGAGCUUUCUGCGCAUAACGGGUCGCUCCUUCUCGUAUAUCCGACCAGAAAUGGGGCACUCACGCUUACGAAUAAAUAUCUUGGCCCUAUCAUUGAACCCUUCUUGCGCAAGUUUGUUCUGUUAAGCGAUCUAAACACCGACGUUGCCAUUUCAAUGAGCCAGAUGGCUGCAGUCUGCGGGAUGAGGGAUUUCGCGGGACUUGAGAAGGAUGUGUUGGCACUCUGUCGCGCUAUCGGCGAGCACUUGCCUUCACACGAUCCAAAAAGCCGAUAUGAAGUCAUACACACCGAUAAAGCGAAUGUCGUCUUAGACCGAGCCGCCUGGAAAGAGUGGUAUCUGGAGCAAGAACAACCUCGUCUCCGCCAGGCCCUGAUAGACUACCAUAAAUCUGGCGGUCGAAUGCCGGCUAGACGGGGUCAGGUCGAAGUUACACCAGACAUGUUGGUUCGCGAAGUUGUUGAAGCAAUCCGUCAGAGUGAAGAUGACUCUGGCAACGCAGCGGUCGAGGUGGGAGUGUUCGUGAUACGGCGCUCAGUGUCGACACAUGCAUAA